AGGAAGAUCCAUUAGCAAACAUGGCGGCGCGCACACGACUGCCCUUGCUUUUUACCAAAAACUUACCUCGUUUGACAAGCCAAAAGCUUGCCCACACCGAAGCGGUUCUGAAGGAGCCCGUGUACCCGCCUAUAGUCGCAUCCCUCACGGCCAAAAGUAAAUCUGCAGAACGGCGGCGAGAGGAGGAGAGGAUCCAGAGAAAAUGUGCAGCGAGCGUGGAGGACAAGAUAUCAAUGAUCACAUCGCUCCAACGGAUGAAAUAUGUAAUUUAUCCCCAAACCUUUGCCCGUGGUGCUGACAGAUGGUACCAGCACUAUACCAAGACAGCGUACAUCUCUGGUCUACCCGAUAAAUUCGCCGUAAUCCAGAAUGAUAAUGAAAAUACGCCUCCUGUCUCCACUUCAACAACCGGCAUAAACGAGGAUGCCCUUGCCGAAAUACGUGCCCUUAUUGCCCGUGUGAUUCUUCAGGAGCACUGGUGGACCGUAAAGAAACGCCGUCCAUUCCUCUACAGAAAUCAAGAGCUCGUUAUUGGUCCUUUGCUUAGAAAUCUAGUAUCCGGGCUCACCCACAACUUGGCCAAAUACAACCCUCUACUUCUCCAAUCCAGUUUAGACAUGAAUCCACAAGUGAACUUCUACUGGAGGAGAGGACAGCGUAUCAUCCCCAAAGGACACCGGAAAGGGAGAGUAGAACCUCGCAGGUUCCAGAUUGAUGACCACCCUCACAGUCAGAUCAGAGUAACACAACAACUGCCACAGUUUGCCCUAAUGGAGGACUCAUAUGCAGUGGAAGUACCAGAGAUAACCUGUGCCCCUGACAUGCUGCCUAUGUUCAAAAGGCAGUAUGAAAACCAUAUAUACACAGGUGCCAAGCUCCCAGACCCAGCCUGUUAUGGCCACACACAGUUCCACCUCGUGCCUGACCGUUACCAUAGAGACAGAAUGGCCCGCCAACAACAGUCAGACCAGAUCGAAGUGUUUCUCCGUGCUAAUGCUGUGGCUAGUCUUUUUGCAUGGACAGGAGCUCAGGCCAUGUAUCAAGGUUUUUGGAGCCAUCAGGAUGUGAUCCGCCCCUUUGUGUCCCAGGCCGUGAUCACAGAUGGGAAGUUCUUCUCGUUUUUCUGUUACCAACUCAACACAGUGGCUUUAUCCGUGCAGACUGAUGUGGACAACCCCCGAAAGAACGUGCUCUGGGGGACUGAGAGCCUGCCCCUGUACGACACCAUAGAGGAUGGAGAGGUGGUUGGCAUGAACGAUGAUGUUGUUAAGCUCUUGGUGCAAUUUCUGAUGAACCGACCGUAGGAGAUGACACUUUUAAAAGUGAAACUAAAUUCUAUAAACUGUAAGUGAGGGAAGAACAGCAGAACACUUAAACUUAGGCUGUGUACAUUGUAUAUAUGCAGACAAUAAAUUAAAAUCAAAAUUUC